AUGAAUACAAAAGUGUUUCAAUCAAUUGUUGGAUUAAUUAUUUUGAUACACAAUAUUACCGGAGAUGAUUUAGGCCUGCUCUCCAGUACAUUACGUUCGUUUCGCACAUUUUGUUGUGAUGACGAUCUGUUGAAACUCGCCUGUCCCCUUGGAACUAGCAUCUCUAUUGAAUUGGUUCAGUAUGGUGUUAAAGAGGACAACGAUACGGUACAGUGUCCUUACAGCGAACUCGAUGAUCUCUAUUAUGCUCAAGGAUCGCCUCCCUCGUCACCUUCUACGAGUAUGUUGGACAUCAUCCUACCAUCAGGAAACGUGACGAUAACGUCAACGACACCAAACAACAACGAAAUGGAUGUCGCCAUGAACGACAGUCUGACCAGUUUUUCUGUGGAGAGGACGAAAGACAAGUGCACUCCGCUUUACGUGCUGCAGUAUUCAAUCCUGCAGACCGUUGUUGAAACGUGCCAGAAAAAGCGAAGCUGUCGGUUACAUGCUGCACCGAAAAUAUUCGAAACAAGUCCCUGUCCUGGCAUUCAUCGGCUGGUGGAGGUCAAUCACAAAUGCCGCCCAUUUGAAUUCCGAAGCAUGACUUCUUGCGAGAAGGACAUCGUUCGGUUAACGUGCGGCCAGUAUACGCGCAUAGCAAUCUACAGCGCCACCUAUGGGCGGACGGCGUACGAAAGUUCUCAUUGUGCGCAGGCAGCCACCUCGCAAGAGCAGACAUGUCUCUCGGAGCACACGAGUCACACGCUGACGGAAAUCUGCCAAGGCCGGCGGAAGUGUACGGUGGCAGUUGAAAGCUCAACAUUUGGCAAUCCCUGCCCGGAGAGCACUCGGGUGUACCUAAAGGUGAUAUACGCCUGUGUUUCCAGAAACGUGUUCCGGGAGCGCUACGUUACGCCACUGGAGGAUGACGAGCUGGACGAACGGCCUUUCGAAUCGAACGAGCAGUACGAUGAGGAGUUAACGCCGGUUCCAAAUCUCAUUGAGGGCUCGGCAGCUAUUGGUAACUCCGCCACCAAAGGUAUCCACAACAAGUACUUGGGCGAGUCGUCUAGGGCCGAAGACAUAGUCACCUUCGUCAAAGACGGUGAGCUUUGAAAAUGGACGAUGGCCAGUCUAGACCACGGACAACUGCUUAUCGUGAGUGUUGCGGCGCUGUUCUUCUGCUGUAUCUGCCUGUCGUUUGGUACGUUACUGGCAUAUAAAAUGAAACUGUUUCCGUCUCGAACUGGAAAUCGAUGCAACAAGGAAUCCGAUUCGAUCGACAGCCACUCAAGUCCAUCCAGCUACCGUCCGACGAGCGAUGACUUUGACCUUGCAGAGUGUGUGCCUAAAACGGUUGUUUCUUCCGAGAAGCUUGCGGAGCAACAAUUAACACCGUCCAGAAGAAUCGAAGCCUCGAAUUCAUCGUUCGGUAAUGCCUGCAUUGGAACCACCAAUAACAGCUCCUACAGUACCACGAUUCCCGCGUUCAGCUUUGCUGGAGUCCAACCAGCCAAUGGGGCGCAUUUGUCGCAUAUCUCGACCACGAUGUUCAUCUUGCCCAACUAUUUGAUGACCGAUCUUCCGUCAGGCCCCUUGCCCAACAAUUGUCGACCGCCUCGGUCGGCGCGAGGAGCUCUGGACGAACGGGAAAUGGCACAACCGAGUGAAAAUCUCACCUUAACGCUUACAACGACCGAAAUCACGAGCCAACCGGGAUCCUACACCCUUCUACAUCCUCAUCAUCAGCAAAAGCACAAAUCCGGGAAUUAUGCUGGUUCCUGCACACAGUGCAUGGCCCUCGGUUGGUCUCCUGAAUCAUCCACCUCAAAUGCCGUGAUGUAUGCAGGGCAGGGAAAUGCGCCUGCAGCACCGGUCACCAGUACAGGAGCGUUGCACCCGUAUCAACGCAAUCAAUCAUUGAAAUCGUCCUCAAGUGACGCGUCGGGACGGCCUGAUUUGGUAAGGUGCGAGGAACAUGGCAAGAAGGUCAUGACCGAAGGUGCGCAGGGUUCUGCAAUCACUCUAGCAAAGUCGAAUUCUUUUUUAUGGCUGGGCUUGAAGAUCGGGCUGACGUAAAGCUGUAGGGUAAAGCUGUCGAGAUCGAUCUGUUCGAUAAUUCCUCGGAUAGCCUUUUAAAACUUAUUGGUGCGAAGAGCUUGCCUCGCGGUGUCUGACGGUUUACAUUUCAAGGACCCAUUUCCUUCGUUUCUUUCCACCUAACACUUAUUCUUGGUCG